AUGCCCUUCGGCCUUACCAAUGCACCAGCCACCUUUCAACAUUUCAUUAAUGAUUGCGUACGUGAGUACCUGGAUAUGUUCUGUACAGCCUAUCUUGACAAUAUUCUCAUCUACAGCGACACCUUCGAGGAACAUCAAGUCCACGUCGAAAAGAUCUUGGAAGCCCUACAAAGAAAUGGAGUACUGCUGAAACCAGAGAAAUGCGAAUUUCAUACACAAAGUACCACCUUCCUCGGCCUGAUUAUCGAACCCAAUGGUAUUAAAAUGGACCCAAGGAAAGUGGAGACGGUGAAGAAUUGGACCGUCCCCAAAACAGUUAAGAAU